GAUUUAUUUGAAAUAUUUACAUAUUUUGCACUUUCCAAUUGAAGGAUUAUGCAUCUGGGAUUUUGUAAUAAUGCAUAGGAUAUACAAACAGUGAUUUUUAUUUGGUUUUAAGUUUUGAUAAUGCUGUGGGUAUUUACUUUAGGAUUUUCUCUUCCCUUCAAAUUUGAUUGGUUUUCAAUGGCUGAAGUUAGUAAGAAGAAGCUGCCUAUUGCUCCUGAAAACAAGGAUGCUAUUGAAGACGAUUACACCAGCGAUGAGAAUGAUAGUGAAGAAGAAGAAGAAGACGAGGUUGAUUCUGAUGAAGAUCCCAACUCAGAUGACGAUUCUGAUGAUGAUGAUGAUGAUGAAGAAGAUGGAAGUGAAGAUGAUGAAGAUGAUGACGAUGACGAUGACAGUGACAAUGGAAGCAGUGAUGACAGUAGCGAUGAAAGCAGUGAUGAUGACACUAGUGAUGGUGAAGACCAUGCUAAGCAACCACAACUCAUUCGAAGAAGAACUUUGAGCAAAAAUUCUCAUACUUAAUGGAAACUCGUUUUUAUUAUUUGGAUAUAUAUAUAUAUAUAUAUAUAUAUAACACUUACAAUACAAUAUUUGAUUUUGACCAAAUUGUCUAUAAUUACAUAUAUAAUCUCACGAGUCAGGUAACUUUCGAGAUCGAAA